CGACGCGCCCCCCGAACCUCCGCCGCAACCGGCACCUCCGCCGCCGGCAUCCGCGCCCUCUCCCAGCAAUUCGUCGCCUUCUACUUCCGCGCCCCCGUGAAAGCCUUCUUCCGUACCCGCGUCGACUACCUCGCCUACGCCCGCGCUAUCAACCCGCGCUUCCACGCCCCCAAUGCAAAAUGGAGCAUCCGUACCACCACCGCGGGGCUGCUCGCCCACGCCGUCCAGGAGGAGGGCUGGGGCGUGCUGCAUCGCCAGGUGCUGCCACCGCUGCUCGCGAACGUGAGCGUUGGCGCGGUGCUGUAUACCUCGUAUCUGCAGACGCUGGGGCUGUUACAUGAGCCAUCGUCGCGGACGACAAAGCGGGUGUAUCCGCCGCCGACGGCGACGGACGUGUUCACAGCGGGGGCGAUCGGCGGGGGGAUCUCGUGUCUGUUUGCGGCGCCGUUGGACGCGAUCCAGGCGCGAUUUAAGACGAGCGAGAUCCUGGAAGGGCGGCAUCGGUCGAUGUGGGCGUAUUCGCGGCAGAAGCUGGUGGCGAUCGGGUUCUUUGGGGUUUUUGCUGGGUUUGGGUUGUCGUUGGCACGCGAUGCGUUGGGAUAUGGCGCGUUCUUCACGGCGUUUGAAGUCACAAAGAAUCAGGCGUACUACGCAUUUCUGGAGAGAUUUUAUGGGGGAGAGUCCGCGAUAGGCGAUACCCAUGGCGAUGAGCCGGAAAAGGUUAUACGACCGCAUUAUAUUCUCGAUCCAGCGUUCCUGUUGCUUGCAGGCGCGGCGGCAACCGCCCUGCAGCAGACAGUCGUGCAUCCGAUUGCUCAGAUCCAGCUCGUUCAUUACAAUCGGCUCGAAUCCAUCGACUUCGGAGCGGCAGUAGACUCGAAGCAUCCUGCUUCCACGAUAAAGAUGAUGCGGCUGUAUUAUCACGCAUACGCCAAGACCUUCGAACAAUGUUCUCGACAAGCUCAACGAGUCGGAGGAUGGAGGCGGUGGCUGUAUCUGAAUUUCUGGGGCACCACCAUCCGCCAGGUCCCCAGCUCCAGCGCCGGAUUGAUCAUGUUCGAAAUCUUCCGGCGGCGAUUCGCUGAC